UCGAGAGUGUGAUGCCUGCCGCCCCGAUCUUGGCCUUCUGCACUCCAUUGUAGAAAGCUCGUAAAAUGAGAAUAGAGUGCAGAAGGCUCAUUUUGUAGCGUUGAUAUGAAUGUGUAGAUUGUCAUGGCUUUGAACAUUUACAUGAACUCAAUUAUUGGCAUGUAACCUUCCACUCUAUAUAAGAAGCCACAUCUUCCUUAGCAGCUUUUCAAAGGGGAAGCCCUUAGCUCAGUACACACUUUUUCGGAACAACUGCCACUCACUAGAUUCUCAUAGUUUGAUGGACAAUUCAGCAUCAUCAUGGUUCUCUGCACAGGAAAUGGAGGACCAUUUUCUCGGUGACCAGUGUGACAUCAUGAACCCUUUUGAAGAAGACUUAUUUGGUGCAUUUGGAGACGAUUUACAUAACUGUGAUCUGCCUACGAAAGGCAACUCCUCUAUCUUCCCUAUCAUUGAAACAAACAAUUCCGCUACCAGAUUAUGUGUAUCUGCAGCAAUAGAAGCCCCUCCAAUAGUAACUGAAAGACCAACCCAACUGCAAAACCCAAAUGGCUGUAGCUGGUCAACCGUCUAUAACUUUUCUAGUUUUGAUCAACCUUCUUCUUCUCCGAUGCUUCUCACUUUUGGAACAUUGAACCCUGGCGAGAAUAAGGUCUGUGAUGUUCUGUCGUCCAAUGGUUCAUUUGUAAACUUUGAUCAUAGGACCACAAGAAUUCAAAAAAGAGGAAAGAGAACUGGGGGUCGUACCAGGUCGCCUUCCCAAACGUACGAUCACAUAAUGGCAGAAAGAAAACGACGCAAGCAUCUGGGCCUGCUAUUCUCGUCUCUUUCUUCCAUACUUCCUGGCCUCAAGAAGAUGGAUAAAACUUCAGUUCUUGGAGAUGCCAUAAACCAGUUGAAACAUCUUCAGGAGAAAGUAAAGACACUGGAAGAACAAGUCACAAAGCAAACCGUGGAAUCCGUGGUUCUUGUGAAGAAAUCACAACGUCUGGUUGCAGAUGAUGUAUCUUCAGAUGAAAGGGGGUGCAACAAUAAUAAUCAGCUACUGUUCCCUCAAAUUGAAGCCAAAGUUUGCGACAAGGAGGUUCUGCUAAAAGUCCAUUGUGAAAAUCAUCAACCAGGAGUGCUGAUAAAAUUACUUUCGAAGGUAGAAAACCUCAAUCUUGCCGUUACCAACACCAGCGUAACGCCGUUCGGAAAUUCGGCUCUUGAAGUUACGAUCAUUGCCGAGUUGGAGAAAGAAUUCAACAUGACGACCAAAGAACUAGCAAAAAACCUUGGAUCUACCCUUCACCUUGUAGCGCAAGAAUCUUGAUCAAUGCAGAGUUGCCACGAUAAUUAUUCACGGAUUGAUGAGAUUAAUGUUUAAUGUCAACCCUCAACUGCAAGAUCAAUUUUAUGCAAAGUCGAGGUUGAAGUUGUUCGUUCCUUUUGUCCUGGGAACGUGGACCUUGGACCAUGACAAAUAAUGGUUUGACCAUUUUUUUGCAGUUAAUUACAUUUGCUAUCCUUGUGGUUUGACCAAAUUACAGUCAAACUCCUAGAAUGCCAAAACGUUUA